AUGGAAGACGAAGAUAUCUUUGUAACAAUCAGAUUUCAUGAUCAAAUUCCAGUUAAUGCUCGUUUACAUGUCGCAAAUGUUUUAGCAAACUAUAUCGAUACCUCAAUGGCUACCCUUCCCCACGAGACUCCUUUACGGGAAAUCAACCCUAGAAGAUUUACACUUCAAAAUCUCAGACCACUGUUGAACUUUAAUUUCAAAAGUGCUGAAGUAUUCCAAGCGGUUAUCAAUUCUGUAACAAACGAAGCCAAUUUAGGACCUAUACAAUUGGGAUCAGGAGAUAGAAUUUUUGAAUUUCGUUCCAAUCAUGUUGGAUGGAUUUGGGUUACAAAGUCUUUUAAUUAA